AUGGCUUCUGAUCUAUUAGGUCAACGCCGGUCUUUUGACGGCCAGCUAUGCACCAUUCGCUAUGUUGGCAACGUGCAGGGCACGGCGGGCGACUGGCUUGGUGUCGAAUGGGACGACCCAAGUAGAGGCAAGCACUCGGGCGAACACAUGGGCUUGCGCUAUUUUACAUGUAGAAGCAAAAAGCCAACGGCGGGAUCUUUUGUCCGCCCCUCCAGGCCAUCAGAUCCCCCGCGUAGCUUCUUGGAGGCUCUGCGUGAGAAGUAUGCCUCUGAGCCUGCGCAGGAAAACGCAGAAAAUGAAACUGUUUAUCCAAAACAAACCAUCAGAAUCAGCAGUAAAGUCGUCGAGGAGGUCGGCUUUGACAAGAUCCGCAGGGAGAUGGCUGAAUUGCAAGAGCUGCGCAUUGUCAUUCUGGAUGGACUGCGUCUGACUGGAGUGCUGUCGUCCUAUGACCAGCCGCUCGAUCAAGUUCAAGAGUCUGCUAUAGAGAUCGCAGCUACUUGUCCGAAGAUCACCGACUUGGAUAUGAGUCGGAACCUGUUGAGCCACUGGCGCGAUGUCUGGGAAAUCUGCAAUCAAUUGAAGCAUCUACAGCGCUUAAAGUUGAAUGGGAAUCGAUUUCAGUCCUUGGAAGAAGGUCUAUUCUUUAAGGGAAUUACCGAGUUGCACCUAGAGGAAACCUUCUUACACUGGGAUGAAAUCGCUGAAGUGGCCUCGCGAUUCCCUCAGCUCAGUUCUCUUAUAUUAACCACCAACGAACUCAAAGCAACGACACGUCCACUUCCCAACAGUAUCACCACAUUGACCCUAGAUUGGAACGAGAUCACAUCAUUAUCAUCAAUCCGCCACCUGUCAGCUCUCCCAAACCUAGAGCAUCUCUCUCUGCGCGGAAACAAUAUUACUAGCAUCACUAGCGACCCCAACGACACCCUAAGCUUCCAGUUUCCACCAACUGUCCGCUCAGUUGAUCUUUCACUCAACCAAAUCUCUUCAUGGACAUUCCUCAACCAUCUCUCAACUCUAUUUCCAGGCUUAACAACUCUCCGUCUCUCAAGAAAUCCCCUAUACGACCAACCACCCCUUCCAGCAGCCAUUGCCGCCGCGACAUCCUCAAUGAGCGCCUGCAACCCCAUGACAGUUGACGAAGCGUUCAUGCUCACACUCUCCCGUUUCCCAACAACGCUUCGCACUCUGAAUUUUAGCAAUAUAUCCUGGCAGGAUCGCUCCAAUGCGGAGAUGUAUUACCUCUCCCUCAUCGGCAAGACCCUCUCCGCUACCUCUGAAGAAGAGGAGCCCCGGAUUCUCGCCGAGCACCCACGCUACGUCGAGCUAUGCGAGCUCUAUGGUGAACCGGCCAUCACUAGAGCCGUGGUAUCUGACGGUUCCGGCAGACGGGUCAUUCAUCCUCGAUCUGUGGCGGCGCGGUUGGUAAAAAUGGCGUUCCGUCUUUCUGGAUCAGAUGGGCCGAUUCGGGUUCAAGAGAUCCCAGGCUCAUUCAAUUCAUACCAGGUUAAGGCUCUUGUGGCCAGGCUGUUUGGGCUUUCUCCAUUUGGUUUCAAGUUAAUUUGGGAGACUGAUGAAUGGGAUCCAAUUGAACCAGAUGUCGGCCAAGAAGGUGCUGAUUGGGAUGGAGAUAGCGAUGAUGAUGCGGCAGUGCGCAAGGUCGACCCUGUCUCAGAGGAAAAGAGUCGAUUUGUGCGGCGGGAGAUUGAGUUGGUGGAAUCGACAAGGGAUACUGGGUUCCUGUUCCAGGGUGAGACGGGCGAGAUGAAGAUUAGGAUUGAUAUAUCUCCUGUAUAA